CGUCUCACAAAUCGGACCGUGACGCUUUGCGUUUUCUCUUUCCAGCCAGCGCCGCCGAGCGAUGGGCAUCUCUCGGGACAACUGGCACAAGCGCCGCAAAACUGGGGGCAAAAGAAAGCCCUACCAUAAGAAGCGGAAGUAUGAGCUGGGCCGCCCGGCUGCCAACACGAAGAUCGGCCCCCGGCGGAUACAUACCGUGCGAGUUCGAGGAGGCAAUAAGAAGUACCGGGCCCUGCGGCUGGACGUGGGGAACUUCUCCUGGGGCUCCGAGUGUUGUACCCGCAAAACGAGGAUCAUCGAUGUUGUCUACAAUGCCUCCAAUAACGAGCUGGUCCGCACCAAAACCCUGGUGAAGAACUGCAUCGUGCUUAUAGACAGCACGCCGUACCGACAGUGGUACGAGUCCCACUACGCGCUGCCCCUGGGCCGCAAGAAGGGGGCCAAGCUGACUCCUGAGGAGGAAGAAAUUUUAAACAAAAAACGAUCAAAGAAGAUUCAGAAGAAAUACGACGAAAGGAAGAAGAAUGCCAAGAUCAGCAGUCUGCUGGAGGAGCAGUUCCAGCAGGGCAAGCUGCUCGCGUGCAUUGCGUCAAGACCUGGCCAGUGUGGCCGAGCAGAUGGCUAUGUACUAGAAGGCAAGGAGCUGGAGUUCUAUCUGAGGAAAAUCAAGGCCCGGAAAGGCAAAUAAGUCCUCCACCGUGUAAUAAAGGUGUUUAUUCUA